CAAACGAGCUGUCACCGCGUCUGCCCCGUGUCCCGGCCUGAGCCUCCCUCCCAACACCAGGCCUGUGCCUCGAUUGCUGUCACCCAGUCCUUUCGUGCUCCCAGCUGAGUGUGGCGAGGGCCGAGGGGGGACUGCUGGCAUGGGCGCGGUCCUCAGGGCCGAGGGGCCAGUCCAGGGCUGCCCAGCUGGGCUGCCUGUGCUAUUCUGUGACCAGCAGGCCCCCCUCUGCACUGCUCAGAUUUGGCUCCAGAGUCACAAACCUGAAAGCAGGAGCCGUGACCGGCCGCUGUCCGCAGAGGGCCUGGCCCCUGCCCGGGUGACGAGCCACACAGACUCGCAAGUGACAGCUGAACGGAGGGGGCCCGGGGUCCUCAAACCCUCUCCAGACCUCUGGGCAGCUUUCAGGGAGACCAGAAGGGACUUCUCUGCUCGGGUGGAAAUGCCUCAUGGAUGUAAAGGCUUCCUGUUUUCUUUUCUCAGAGUCGUUGGGCAGACUUCCCAUCGUGUGAGUCAGGAGACAGGCAGCCAUGGAUUCAACACACACGCGAUUCAAACACUGACGUCAGCCAACACAGGGCUCAGGUCCCGGCCGUCGGGGGUCCUGGGAGAAGCUCGUGUGACUGUCGGGCCACGAGGAUGGGCAGCCGCACCGUCAGGGCCCAGCUGUACAGGCGCUGGGACGCGGAGCAGAAGGCGGCCAAACAGGCGGAGGCCAGGCUCAGCCAGUGUCUGCAGAGGCUGGAGGAGACCCGCCGGCGCCACCUGGCGCUGCUGGCCCGCGAGCAGAGGCAGCUCCAGACACAGCUGCAGCGGCUGCAGGAAGCAGACCUCGUCAGGAAAAAGCGCUCCUCUUAUUUUGGGAAUGGAAUUCAGAAGAGACCGGAAGGCACCGCUGUGUCCCCACCUCGGGGAGAGUGGACGCACGGCGCUCGGCGGGCUGGUCAACUCAGAGGACCAGCCACCAAUAUGGUCCAAGAAACACACAAAACCAAGUCCCAGAGGCCUUCCCGUCACACUGGCCCCAGGGACCCCACAAUAAGCAAAGAACAGUCGCCAUCUCAAAAUCACAGAACUUCCCGUUUCAGAGAAGACGAGCCACCAGCCCGAGAGAAAGAGUCUACAAGGCCAGCGAAGGGAGUCACGCCAGCGGGGGCAUCUCUGCUCUGCCAGGGUCAGGACAUCCCAGCUGGCACCGCAGACCCAGGCCCUGGGGCCAGCCGAGCGGGUGACAGUGGAGCGGCACACAGUGACGAGGCCAGAUCAGGAGAUGCCAGCCUGCAGCCAGACCACAGCGCAGGGGACCAAAUAUCCCCAAGUCCCCUGGGACGUGCAGGAACCCUCAAGGGUGCGUCCUCCACGGCCACCUACCUGGAGCUGUUUGCAAAGGCCAGGCACGCCCACUACCUGCGGCACAGGGUGCCCCCCAAGUCUGAGAGGCUGCUCAGCAUUGGGGAGAUAUUCGGGCACAGGGGGCCUGUGCCCCAGAGCAGGGAGGGCGGGGAGUAGGGCGGCCACCCAAGCCACCUCCUGUCUCCGCACCUGGUACGGCCUCAGUGACAUUCACCGCUCGGGUGGCUGCCGUGAGCGGUCGGCCACACACACACGUACAUUUCAUUUUAAACCGUUUUUCCUUUUGACGGAACGUUACCCUUUCGCUGAAUGAGCAAUGCUGCCCGUGGACGUGAGGGGAGACGUUUAAGUGACGCACUGGUGUUGCUAACGUCAUCAGGGUGUGAGUGGACACUGAGCUGCCUUUGCCCGGAAGGAAAAGUCUCAAGUUCCUGCUCCCCGCUUCCACGGUGAGUCACCUGCUGGCCACACGCACAGCUCCCAUUUCAGUUCACCGGUGGUCACAGCAGGAUCUCGUGGGAAACGCGGUCCAGGAAUGAACCCACCGUCCUGCCCCGGCCUGGGCUGCCGUCGCCACUUCCAGGCCGCUGCACGUCCGUCUUCUGGUUCCCGCGUCCAGCCUGCUCACAUCACACCUUUUGCACCCUAACAACGAACACUUCCAAGAACUGUGCUCUCUAACCUCUCCUUCCAAGGACCACAGCCACGGGGAGGCAGGCCAGGGCGACAAAGGGGCCUCAUGGCCGCUGAGGUACGGACACCGGGUGAGGCUGGGCCAGCCCAAAGCCCGGCCCGCCCUCCUGCCCGCUCCCAUCUGACUCACAGUGAGCGGUGAAGAGCAAGCGGGUCUUGCUCUGGGAGCCACACCAGAGGACACGGCCAUCACCGUGGCCGCAGCCCAGGCCUGUCCCACUGGAUUAACCUGCUCCAGGUACACCUCAGUCUGUGACCUUGAGAAACAAACGCUCUGCACGUCCCUGCCUGCAUCUGCUCAUGUCUCCACGCAUCUGGCGGCCCCCGAUCUGCAGUAUUUCACACUCUGUUCCCAGUGACAUUCGUGCAUUGCCAGAGCCAUGCAGUCGCUCCGUGCAUCACACUGUGGCUUCAAGCAGUGACAUUCUGACUCGCUGGUCUCUUACGGGAACUCUGCCAUCAUUCUCAACAACACGCUUCAUUCCUUGACGUG